AUGACGUCGAACAUCUGCUCUGACGCUCGUACAAGCGACGAAGCUCGACCUACGAAACUCGCCAAGCUCGAAGAGGCCGGUACGAUGAGCGUCAACUCUACAGUGCGGCUGCUGGUGCAGCGUCACCCUUCGCAUCCGCUCGCCAAGCUGCCUACGCGCGGGUCGGCGCUUGCGGCCGGCUACGAUCUGUACUCUGCCGAAAAAGUGGUGCUUCCACAAGGCGGUCGCAAGGUGGUUCAGACCGGUAUCUGCGUCGCGAUUCCCGACGGACACUACGGCCGUGUUGCACCGCGUUCAGGGCUUGCGAGCAAACACGGCAUUGACACGGGAGCCGGUGUGAUCGACCAAGACUACCGUGGCUUGCUCGGCGUCUUGCUGUUCAACUUGGGCGAACAAGACUUCAUCAUUAACCAAGGUGACCGCAUCGCUCAGUUGAUCCUUGAGAAGAUCUCGACACCCGACGUUCAAGAAGUUGAAAGCUUGAGCGAGACUCUUAGGGGUGCUGGAGGGUUUGGGUCGACAGGUGGAUUCGGUACGCAGACCACACCCUCGACAGCCGAUGCUACCGCCGCGGCUGUCGCUGCCGAUUUACCUGCUGAGGUCAACGCCAAAUCCUCUUGA